UCGACACCGCCCUGCCGCCACAGAAACAUCAAGUCCAUUAUUUGUGUCGAAAAUGUUGUGACAGAAAGAAGAUUCUGCCGUUUUUCCUCGACGAUUUUAGAUUGCGGUUUUGGAAAUGGCUUUUGCGAACACUUCCGCUUUGAAAACACCCACCGUGUUGGAGCAGUUAUUAGAGGAGAUCAAUUUCCAAAGGACAAAGGAAAUGCGGCAGCUGUUGAAGGAUGAGUCAGGAUUCGUAAUGCUUCAAGGAACAACCUACUGGACAGAUUUGUUCGUGCGGCACUUCCUUUUCCAAAACGAAUCCACCAUGGAUUGUGAUGACUUGUUGUUUUUCGUUCGGAAAAAGCAUGUCAAGGGAUCGUCGAGAUUCUCACCAAAGUUUGAGACUGAAGUGGACGUUUUCCGAAAGGACAGCCGAAAGCUACCAAUCGGAGACCCUGAUAUAGAUUGGGAAGAAACAGUCUAUCUCAACCUAAUCAUACACCAGUUCGAGUAUACUUUAACGUUAGCCAUUUGCACCCGAACCAGUCCAAAGGAAUUACAAGUCUUAAAGCGACUGUCGCAAAAGGUAUACGCAUCUCCAAGUAGAAGAAGGAUGGACACCAAGGGGGAAGUGGAGGAGAUUACUUACCCCCACAUCUGCUUCAUGGUGGACAAUUUCGAUGAAGUCUUCCACGAUAUUCUCGUCAGGGACGGAGAAAUGGUGUGUGUCGAGUUAGUGGCAUCCGACAGAUCUGGAUCAGUUCAAGGUGUCAUAUUCCUCGGAUCGAUCCGUUACGAUGCUUUAAAGAAAGUGUACGACGCUAGGCAAUCGAGUCUCAGUACGAAAAUGGCUCAGCGCAUGACCUUCGGUCUUUUCUCAAACUCCGCCUCACAACGGUGCGAAUUUGUUCGUAUGAAGGGUCCUCAAGGCAAAGGUCAUGCGGAGAUGGCUGUUACCAAACCGAAGGGUUCCGGAGUCGAAACGCCGACUUCUGAGCCGGGUUUCUGUGCAACUGACAUGUGGGACUCUGACUGGGAAGAGGAUCCUGAGGAGUUUUACGUGUACAGGAACCAAAGGAGGCUGAGCGAUCCUAGCGCUAAUAUCAAUAAUUUUGUGAGAGGUGGCUGGAAGUCGAAGCUUGAUGUGAAAGCAAGGUCGGAGAGUGAAGGAUUGGAUUGUAUAGAUAAUGGUGUUAGUGAGAUCGAAGCUGGAGAUUUAAGAGAUGAGAAAUCUCGUCCUGCUUCUGUAUCUGGAAGAAAUUGCUGCGGUUGCUUCAAGAGGACCAAAAGGGACUCGGUGACACUUUUGGAGAUGUACGAUCGAACCUGUCGCCAUCCUUCCUUAUGUGCUGAACGAGCUCCUCUAGGACCGCCGGGCACGCCUUGCAAAUGCACCCCUCAAAUAAACAGCUUAAUGACACAGUCGGAAUUUGAGGUCGGCAAAGAGAAGAGCAAAUCGAAGCCGAAGAAAAAGCCGAAGGAGAAGUGCAAGAAUGCGAAUUACAACACGGAAUUUGAGAUUGCCGACGACGCAAUAAGUUUGAAUAACGAGUCCGGUGACGAUAGGCCGCCGAGCAGAGCGUCGCAGAAGUCACUGAAAGAUGAGGACCCGUAUAUAAACGUGAACGGCAAGGAGGAGCUCCCCAGCAAGUAUCGCAUAUCGGACAAUAUGUCGAGAACAAAUGAUAACCGUAAGACUGAAUGUAAGAUUGUGGUAAACGAUGUAAAUAAUCGAGAAACCGUCAAAGUAAAUAAUAAUAUUGAUGGUAAUUACAAUAAACUUAGUAUUAAGAAUGUAUAUAGUUAUUGCACGUUGCCGAAGAGUAAGAAGAUAAAUAAUCAGAAGGGCGGCGUCAGGCAUAUCAGUCCGCCCAAAAGAAUCACCCCAGAUGGGACCCACAUUUAUUAUUGGUGUGAUGUCCAGAAAAAAGCGAGUCAUGAACUGGAUGAUGGUGCUUAUAAUCCGUUGUGGACAAUGAGGGGAUUCACACAAACAUUCCACUUCUGGAAAGAGAACAAAAGAGCACAAUCAGUUCCCUUGAACGCUUUUUUAACGUAUGUAACAUUGCCUUGGUGGAGCAUAGCAAAAGAUAUUUUGGAUCACCGAGAAGGACCUAUUUUGACAUUCUAAGAUUUUAUAAGUACAUAUUUUGUAACAAGUUUUUUAAAUAUGUGUAUUAGAACAAAUAUUGAUCAUAAGUUGUGUCGAAUUAUACUUUUAGCUUUCGAAUACUGUCGAAUUUUUUCCAAAUUCCUUUGUAAACUAUUAAGGGAAUUAGAAAAUGGCAUUCAAACAUACAGUCGGCGAUGUUUAAAAAAUAUAUUUUUUAAAUAUUACUACCAUUUAAAAAUACUUUCGGAAUACAAAAGGAAUUGUUGUUUUAAGUCUUCUCAUUUAUUUCAUCAUUCUAAAAUGGGUAUCUGAGGUUAAACACUGAUGUGCAAUUUAAAAUGGAAAAUGUAUGAAUCUGCAUUAACGUUUUUAGUGUUUAUUAUGUUUGCACAAAUUAAUCGGUAAUAUUAUUCAGAUUCAUAUAUUUAAUCCGUUAUGAAAAAUCAUACCUCUAAAUCGUUAAAAAACAUACUUUCAUACCUUUGAUGGUGUUAAAUUUUGAUAUACGAAUAUAUUACAUGAUUUGUUAAAACAUGCAUUUAAUUAAAUAAAGAUUUUAUUAAUA